AAUUUUCAAACACUCCUCGUUUCAUGCCGACUUUACCUCCAGUGCUCGGAAAAUUAAAUCAUUUUCUACAACUUCAUUGGAGAAUUAUUCUGAUUGUGGUAAUAUUUGAACUUUCUGUUAUAAUUGGAACUGCUCACUUCACGUAUGUUCUAUCAAAUCAUGCGGCUUGUGAAACAGACAUCAUAACAAAGACUACAAUUCGAACAAGUACUGUAACCAGUUUCACAAAAACUUCAACUAUUUCAGAAACUCCAUCUACAACAAGUUUGGUGUCAAUAUCUAGCACACAUGCUCCCUCAAACAACCUAAGUUGUCACAUCGGUUUCGAGUUGAUCGGUGGUAAAUGCUUGCAAUUAUUAACUGGGGUUGGCACACGAGCAAAUGGUAACCACAAUUGUUGGCUGCACGGAGGUUCAAAACUAUUUUCGAUUAGGAAUGAACAGGAAAAUAGCGCAAUUCUUGAUUUUGCCUCAAAGAACAAUAUUGGCAACAUCUGGACAGGGUUGCUUUGUCAUGGGCACACUAUUUCCACGUGUAUUUGGGAUAUAGUGAGUGGAUCCGCGGAGAGCUAUGAUAACUUUGCAAGCGGUUAUCCCAACGUGAGCACUGCUUCGUGUGGUUACUUCAUCACCACUGGAAAGGAAGCUGGACAAUGGAAAACUGGCUUGUGCAAUCAGCAAAAUAGUAUCUUAUGUGAAUUACCUCCAACUAUUUAUGACAAAAAUUGCGAAAAAAAUUUUAACAAUCAUUGUUACACACGCUUUGAUGAUGCCUACACCGUCGCUGAAGCACAUGAAUUUUGCAAGCCGAUGUGCGCCGAAGUUGUGUCAAUCAAUUCUGGCGAUGAAAGUCGCUACGUACAAUCCAUUUACAAUGUGAAGGAACAUAUUAUACUUGGCGUAGCGGUUUUAAACGACAAUAAUAUUUAUUGGCUGGACGGAUCAUCCACGGUGUUCAUAAACAUUGGGAACAAUGACAAUGGAACUUGUGCGAUCAUGGAUGUCUCAUUUGGUAUGGGUUACUGGACCACUAUCGAAUGUUCCCAGAAGGCGUGGAUUUUGUGUAAACGACCCGCUGGAAUUGAGUGUUGAUCCGAAUCAACCGUUGAGAAUAAAUUUGUUAUAUU